AACAACUUCUAGCUAUUCAAACAGCACUGUCGACGCCCAUAUGUGCUCAAUCUCUCUUGACAAGUAACGAAAUCUUAACUUUCCACAGCCAGAAUGGUCAACUGUCCCAAAUGCAACAAGCCAGUUUAUUUUGCUGAGAGAGUGACUUCUCUUGGCAAAGACUGGCACAGGCCUUGCCUAAGGUGUGCAAAAUGCGGCAAAGUUCUCAGCUCUGGGGGCCAUGCCGAGCAUGAUGGGAAACCAUACUGCAACAAACCAUGUUACUCUGCGUUGUUUGGACCAGGGGGCUUCGGACAUGGCGGCACAGAGUCACACAAAGGGAUAUGGGAUUACGAAGCACACUACACUGUGAAAGAGAACACAAACGAUAUAGCUUUGAUUUUAAACAUUAGGAAGAAACGAAAAUUGUCCGAGAUUCCUCCAGUGCCGGCCAUCCUGACCCCUUGGAGUUAUGGGAUGUUACUGUUUUGGUGGAGCUCUCGUACGCGGAGUGCCUGUUGCAAAUAUUCUGCUUUCGUUUCCUCCACUAUGCCGAAGUGUCCGACUUGUGGGAAAGAAGUGUACUUUGCCGAGAGAGUGUCCUCCAUCGGUAAAGAUUGGCACAGGGCCUGUCUGAAGUGUGCAAAAUGCAAGAAAACACUCUCUCCUGGGGGUCAUGCCGAGAGGGAUGGCAAGCCAUACUGUCACAUCCCCUGCUACAAUGCCCUGUUUGGCCCCAAAGGAUUUGGCCACGGCGGCACAGAGUCACACACUUACUAAAAACAUGAAACUGUUCAGCUGAUGACAAACCACUUGUGAGUGAGGUUCAAGUGUUUUUAAACUGCAGUGAGCGAGAGCCAUUGGUCCUGAUUUUACCUUGGUUAACUUUGUAGAUUGUAAUUUUUAAAAAAAAUAAAGGUCAUUGUGGCUCUUGGAA